AUGUUUACGAAAUUUACAAAUACCGGAGGUGGAGGAGGAAUAGGAGGAGGAGGAGGAGGAGUGGCAGAAGAAAACGACGAAGAAAAUGGUUAUAAUGCAAAACCGUAUCCAUCAUCGACGAGACUUUCAAAAGUUCGUAAUUGGAUGAAAGAUUUUAAACCCGUACCUGAAAAAAGAAGGAGCGUUAUAACGGUUAUUGGACAAACUCAGAGUAAACCUUACAGCAAAAUAUUAAACGAAAUACAUCAAAGGAGAAAAUUAGCAAAAGAAUUGGAUAAACACGCGCUUUGUAAAGCCAUCAUGGAUUCAUGUCCAAAUCCGGAAACGAAUUUCGAAUCGAAAAAUUUAUCUGGAAAAUUAAACGAUUUCAAUUUAUUACACGAUGAUAAUAUUUAUUCGAUCGAAAGAAAAAAAAAAAUUUAUCAUCAUCAAUUAAAUCAUCUCAAAAAAAGAACGGAAAUGAUACCGGAAAGAGAUUCAUCGAGUUGUCAAUUGGUUAAACAACGUAAUAACAGAUUAAAACGUACAAAUAAAAAAUUAGGAGUCGAUUUAAAAGAAAAUAUUGUUAUUAAUAAUAAAGGUAAAUAA